CAGGCUCAGUGGCCAGUUAUCACAGGGAAGAGAAACGACUUAUGCGUUUCCGGCUCCUGCCCGGAAAACGAGCAAGACUCGAGCAUCCUUCUCACACGCAGCGGAGUAAACAAUGCGCAAGGCUGGGGAUGAUGAAGAAAUCGAAACGGGUGCUGUGGCAAUUGAAAAUGUCGGAGGCCGAUCAACGGCGGUUAGAUGCUUCUCAAAAUAUCCUCUGAAGUUCAUCUUACCAAGAAAGGUCGGUUCUUCCAAAACUGAUGCUGUAUGGAUUUACACACUAACCUAUGGAGGCGGAAUUGUAUCUGGUGAUCGGAUUUCAUGCAAGCUUUCCGUGGGAAGUUCCUGCACUGCAGUGUUAACCACCCAAGCUUCCACUAAGGUUUAUAAAUCCGUGGGAUCGAAGUGUUCUGGACAAAUAUUGGAGGCAAGAGUUGGGAGCAAUGCAUUCUUGGCCAUCUUUCCAGAUCCAGUUACAUGCUUUUCAACGGCAAGAUACUUUCAGAAACAAGUCUUCAGGGUUUCUUCAGACUCAAGUUUGGCCAUUGUUGAUUGGGUCACAAGUGGGCGCCAUGAAAGUGGAGAAAAAUGGGACUUCAAUCUUUACAGAAGCACCAAUAACAUAUUCUUAGAAGAUGAUCAACCGUUGCUUCUAGAUACGAUUUUAUUAGAUAAAGAAAAAGUUGGCUGUGUCGAAGGUUACAUGCAGGACUACCAAGUAAUUGCAAUGAUUGUACUUCUAGGGCCAAAGGUGCAGCAUGUUCAGAACCUAGUGCAAGAUGAUGUGAAAAGAAUAAUGUCUGAGCAAUUACUGCACCCUUCCACAACUUCUAGCCAUCAAACUAAAAGAAAUUCUGAUUACCUCAUGUCAAAACCAAGCUUCGUUGCUUCUUGCAGUUUCUUUGGUCCAGAGAGAAACGGUCUUAUUGUUCGGGUGGCUGCGGUGACAACUGAAUCAGUUUAUAAGUUUCUGCAACACCAAUUGGCUCCCUUGGAGCCCAUGCUAGGGAUGCCACCAUACGGAUAAGUAAUGCAUUCUAUAUUGACAACCCAUAAUGAGUUUAAGUGGCCUUGUAUUUUAUGUAGUAUAGGUUGUAUUCCUUGUAUUUACUGUUAGUGUCAAUUCAACGUAAAUGACCAAGUGUCCUCUGACUGUAGCAUUAGAGUAACCACCUCCUGCAUGUUACCAUUCAUCUGUGUUUUGUGAGAGGAAAAUUGAGUUAUGGCUAGCAGGCGGAGCAAAUUCUAAUGGGCUCUCCCUUGCUUCUGAACUAGUUUGGGCCUUCCCAUAAGGCCACCAUGUUUUGGUUAAGCAGUGGAAUGUGAUUUCCACUCAUUCAGUAUUUGUAAUGUCUAUUAUGUUGUUUGGUUAUUUGCU